AGUUUCCAUUCCUGAGGUGAAUCCGUCCAGAGUUACUGCAGUCCAGAGUUACUGCGGUCCUGAGGUGAAUCCGUCCAGAGUUACUGCAGUCCUGAGGUGAAUCUGUCCAGAGUUACUGCAGUCCUGAGGUGAAUCUGUCCAGAGUUACUGCGGUCCAGAGUUACUGCGGUCCAGAGUUACUGCGGUCCAGAGAAAGGGUUUGUCCAUCUGCCCAGCCCCUCCUUUAGCUGCAGUAAAAGGGGUGUGUCUGUUUGUCUGGCCCCUCCCCCUGACUGCAGAAAGGGGUGUGUCUGUGCGUCGGUGUACAGAAAGGGGUGUGGACUGGCCUGAUGGAGGCGGGACAUCCGUCACCUGACAGCAGUAAUGAGGAGUGUACAGUACUGGAGGCUCUAUCGGGACUGGCCUGUCACACACACACUGGCAAGGUGACGGAGCUGUACUGUUCAAGGUGUGAGGUGUGUGUGUGUGAGGUGUGUGCGUUGGGGGAGCAUGCAGACCACCCCACGGGACCGUUAUUAGCAGCUCUGGGGACACACAGAGACGGCCUGCAGGAGAGACUGACUGCUGCACAGAACAGACUGCCUCAGAUCUCAGAGGCCCUGCUGUCUCUGAGAGAGAUCCUACAGCAGCUGACCAAUCAGAGAGUUUUGAUCGAGGAGGACAUCCACGUCAGCUUUGAAGAGCUCCACAAGACCCUGGACGUCAGGAAGAGUGUCCUACUGAUGGAGCUAGAGGUCACCUACGGACUGAAACAGAAGGUCUUGCAGGCCCAGCUGGACACCUUACUCCAUGGCCAGGGGGGUAUCGUUGACACAUGUACCCAGACAGAGAAGGCCAUGAGCGGGGAGGCCCGCGCCGCGAGCCUGCAGGCUGAGAGAGGCCUUGGGGAGAGGCUGAGGGAUCUGGCCAGCCAAGGGCUACCGUUCCAGGCUGAGGAGAACGAUCAGCUGGAUUUACUGAUGGAGACAGAGGGGCUGAGAAAGUCUAUCCACAAACUGGGGACUAUCAUCACUACCAGCGCGGUGGCGAGCCAGAGUGAGGCGUCGGGUGUGGGACUGGAGCAGUGCACCGUGGGUCUCCCAGCCUGCGUAACCAUAAUGACCAGAGACAAGGCCGGCGGACCAUGCAGGAGCGGCAAUGCCAUCCUGUCUGCUGAGGUGUGUACUCCAGAUGGCAGCGUGGCGGACGGGGAGAUACUCGACUAUAAGAACGGAACAUAUGAUUUUGUUUACACUGUAAACAAGGAAGGAGAGUUUUCAUUGGCUCUCCGGCUCUAUGACCAACACAUCAAAGGAAGUCCCUUCAGACUCAGAGUUACCAGGUCCCCUGACCCUGAGUCUCCUCCCACCACCACAGCCACCUCUCUGGCGGCCACCGCCACCCCGUCUACAGGCUCCUCUGAGGGGGCUAAGCGGAGAGGAAAGUCCCCUGGGAGUAAGAAGAAGGGGUCCAGGAGGACAGGCAGUGCCCUGGGAACACCCAGACGCAAAGAGAAUCCCAUCGAAGAUGAUCUCAUCUUCAGGAUCGGUACUAAGGGGAGAAAUAAAGGAGAGUUUACUAACCUGCAGGGUGUGUCGGCGUCCUCCAAUGGCAGGAUUCUAAUAGCAGACAGCAAUAACCAAUGUGUCCAGAUCUUCUCUAAUGAGGGGGAAUUUAACAGUCGUUUUGGGGUGAGGGGUCGGUCGCCAGGUCAACUCCAACGGCCAACGGGUGUGGCUGUUCACCCCAACGGUGACAUCAUCAUCGCCGACUACGACAACAAGUGGGUCAGCAUCUUCUCCAGCGAGGGCAAAUACAAGGCCAAGCUGGGCUCUGGUAGGCUAAUGGGACCGAAGGGCGUGUCAGUGGAUCAGAACGGUCAUGUGAUCGUCGUUGACAACAAGGCAUGCACCGUCUUCAUCUUCCAGCCAACCGGCAAGCUCGUUUCUAAAUUCGGUAGCCGCGGCAACGGAGACAAACAGUUUGCAGGUCCUCAUUUUGCAGCCGUCAACAACAACAAUGAGAUCAUAGUGACAGACUUUCACAACCACUCAGUCAAGGUGUUCACCCCAGAGGGAGAGCUGCUGUUGAAGUUUGGAUCUAACGGAGAGGGCAACGGUCAAUUUAAUGCUCCUACAGGCGUGGCCGUCGAUGUGAAUGGGAACAUCAUUGUAGCUGACUGGGGCAACAGCCGCAUACAGGUGUUUGACGGUAGUGGCUCCUUCCUGUCCUAUAUCAACACAUCAGCUGACCCUCUCUACGGACCUCAGGGUCUGGCUCUCACCUCUGAUGGACACGUGGUGGUGGCCGACUCUGGGAAUCACUGCUUCAAGGUCUACAGAUACCUACAGUAAUAGAGGGAGUGAGAAGCGAGAUGGAGAGAUGGAUGGACAGAACCACUGUUUCAAGGUCUACAAAUACCUACAGUAAUAGAGGGAGUGAGAAGAGAGAUGGAGAGAUGGAUGGACAGAACCACUGUUUCAAGGUCUACAGAUACCUACAGUAAUAGAGGGAGGGAGGUAUGGGAGAAUGGAUGGAGGGAGAAGAGAGAUGGAGAGAUGGAUCGACAGAAUCACCGUUUCAAGGUCUACCACUUCCUGGUGUGAACUUAAAUGACGACCAAUCAAAUCUGCUCCUCUCUUUGCACUGACGACACGUCACUCAUCUGCCUUAUUAUUGGCCAGAGCUGCACAGUGAGAGCAUUGGUCCUGAGACCUAGCUCUCGGCUUGCCAAAAUGAUGUCACAGCUCCCCAUCCCACCGUGGAUACCUGUUAAUCUGACUCAAUAUCAAACUAACCUCAACCUGUUAAUCUGACUCAAUAUCAAACUAAUCUCAAUCUGUUAAUCUGACUCAAUAUCAAACUAAUCUCAACCUGUUAAUAAUCUGACUCAAUAUCAAACUAAUCUCAACCUGUUAAUCUGACUCAAUAUCAAACUAAUCUCAACCUGUUAAUCUGACUCAAUAUCAAACUAAUCUCAACCUGUUAAUCUGACUCAAUAUCAAACUAAUCUCAACCUGUUAAUCUGACUCAAUAUCAAACUAAUCUCAACCUGUUAAUCUGACUCAAUAUCAAACUAAUCUCAACCUGUUAAUAAUCUGACUCAAUAUCAAACUAAUCUCAACCUGUUAAUCUGUUCUUAAACCUAUGGAGUCUACAGAACAAUAUAUAAAUUGUACGUAUGGGUUCUAGAGAACGAUACAAAUUGUUCAUAUGGGUUCUAGAGAACGAUACAAAUUGUUCAUAUGGGUUCUAGAGAACGAUACAAAUUGUUCAUAUGGGUUCUAGAGAACGAUACAAAUUGUUCAUAUGGGUUCUA